CCAGUGAACGUCCCCAAGAUAUAUGCAAACUUACUCAGUAAGUCACCAAGGAAGACCUGGUCAAAUGUCGGAAAAAAUUCCCAUUUCCACCAACCCGUUCUCUCUCUCUCUCUCUCUCUCUCUGUGUAGAGCAAUGGAGCUGAAGAAGAGCCUGUCAUGGCAAUUCUUAUAAACCAAGAAAGACCCAUUUGGUACUUUUGAGCACAUAGAUUUUGCUCUCACUUCUCUGCUCCUAUUCCAAUUUUUUCAUCCGAUCAGAACCCAUUUCCUACUUCGUUUUGAUUUCCAAGUUGAAGCUCCUGGUCGCUGGAUUCAAACGGCGUUGUUUAUUCACCUCCCAUAAUGUCACUCUUUUCAGUUCACUGAUCCCACUAAAGAUCUUCAUCUUGUAUAAUGACUGGCUUCACAGAAUCCGAAUUCUAACCAGCCAAUUCAAACCCCUUAAAAGCUGAAACCUACAUUUCAAUCUCUCCGCCUGUCUUUGUUCUGUUUUAGUUAUUUAAAUUCUCUCUCAUCUUGUGGGUCAUAAUCAUAUUCUUUGUUUGUUCCCUCAAAUUCUUGCAAUGAGUUUCUUGAGGCCUUCUGCAUUGUACGAGUUACUUAUCACCUACUCUUCGCUCCGGUGGAUGCCGUGCCAGAGCUGGGGGUUUCUCCGAUGGCCGGGGCUGGAGGGGUUCAUGAGGCUUUUGGUGGUGGUGCUUUUAUGGUCUAUGCUUUCGGAGAUACGGCACAUACCCUCGUCUUCCAUGUACCCAACUCUUCGUGUUGGUGACAGGAUCAUUGUCGAAAAGGCCUCAUAUUAUAUUAGAAGUCCUGCUAUACAUGAUAUUGUGACAUUCCAAGAUCCAACACAGCAACCAGGAGAUACAGAGCAAGGAGUUUUCAUUAAGAGAAUUGUUGCAAAAGCAGGAGAUUUGGUUCAGGUCGAUCAUGGAUGGCUCUACGUCAAUGGAACUGCUCAAAAGGAAGAUUUUAUAGCAGAGCGCCCAACAUACAAAUCAAUUUUAACUUAUGUGCCUCAAGGUCAUGUUUAUGUCUUGGGUGACAACAGGAACAACAGUUAUGAUUCCCACGUUUGGGGACCCCUUCCCAUUAAGAACAUUGUUGGAAGAUUUGUUAUGUGCUGUUACAGACCUUCAAACUGAUGACAUGACAAUGAUGGAAGAUGAGUUUUGGCAGAUUAGGCGGGUACAUUAUCAGAAGGCUCUUUGUCUGGUUUACACGGUUGGAGUUCACUGCAUCUGUGCCUUCACCGGCUAAUUUAUGCUGAGGAGAUGUUAGUUUCUUUAGCCUUCUUAUGCAAUCAUAUUCAUUUCGGCAUUCAUUGAAAUAUUUACAUGAUUUUUAAGCUGUUGGUACAGGAAGUGUCAAAAACUGAACAUGUGAAUUUGCUUUCUCCUUAACAGUGUUAAUUCUCUUUAAUUAGGCUAUCUAUGCCUUAGAUAUGCACAAAAGGGGUUUCUACCAUCUUUGAGCCCAUCAACCGGUAGACAAUAAAGAAAAGAGUAAUAUUGUUUAGCAGAUUA